AUGCCACCAAAGCGCCGCGGACCGCCGUGCAAGGCGCCUAUCAAACGUCCAUCGAAGCUCGCCAAAGAAAACGGCCUGACUGCAGAGCAAGAAGCUGAAAUACGCGAGGCAUUUGGCCUGUUUGCCGUCUCGCAUCCUGGCCAUGAAGAUUCAAAAGAAGGCGUACUAAAGAGAGGCGAUGUGCGAAGGUGCCUGAUUUCUCUCAACCUCGCACCGGACAAAUCGGAAGUGCCAUCCAUUCUCUCCACAAUCGAUCCCCUCAACACCGGCUUCGUUGGUUUCGUGCCUUUCUUGUCAUAUGCCGCGAUCGCAAUACAUUCCAAGGACCAAGGUUCUGAAGAGGACGACGAGGAAGAUGAAUACCGAGAGGAGAGCAAUGCAGAGGAGGUCAAAGCAGCAUAUCGGCUGUUUACGCACGGUACUGCGGGACCCAUUACACUGGCGCACCUUAGAAGGGUUUCCAAGGAGUUGAGAGAGGACGUGCCAGAUGAUGUCUUGAAGGAUAUGAUUCUUGAGGCGAAUGGCGGGGUCAAGGGUCAGAGUAAGGACGUUGGUGGUGUCAGUCUUGAGGAUUUUGAAAGUGUGAUGAAGAGAGCCGGGCUGUCUUUUGGAUGA